AGAGAGUCUCCCUGUGGGGAGAUGAAGAUGAAGAUCAGGAAACAGUCUAAGUGUGUGUCCUGCCUCAAACGGCUUCCGGACGACUACCGCAAAAGACUUUGCAAGGACUGCAUCUCUAGCGUUAUCGCUGAAGAACAGCCUUCCUUCAUUGAUGAAUUAAGGUCCAUGAUUCAUGAGGAAGUAAAAACCUCCUUAUUCCAAAUGCCCCCCUUACCCAGGGAUCCACCUCCACCUAAAAAGCGAAGGGGACCAUCUCCUUCUUUAUCAGACCCGGAGAUGAUAGAGGAAGAUGCUUCAUCAUCUAGAGCCUGGGAGGACGAGGCGGCUUCCUCUGAUAUUGAUACUACAGAAUCAGAUAGGAAAUUUUGCUUUUCGUUGGAUGAGAUGCCAGAUCUUCUAAGGGCUGUCCGGGCCACUAUGGGGGAAAAAGAAACCCCAAGAGCCCACUCAGUCCAGGACGAGAUGUUUGGGAGACUCAGGGUUAAAAAGACCCGGAUGUUCCCAAUUAAUGAGAACAUACGGGAUAUGGUGCUCGACGAGUGGUCCAACCCAGAGAAGCGGUUGGGGGUGUCCAGGUCCUUUAAGAACCGGCUGUUGUUUGACACUAGUGAAGUGAAAAUUUUCAGCGAAACACCAAAAGUUGACAUUCAGGUCGCAAAAGUCAAUAAAAAGACUGCCUUGCCCUUCGAAGACACCUCUCAGCUGCGUGACCCCAUGGAUAGGAAGGCAGAUAGCCUUUAAAAAAAAUCGUGGGAAGCGGCGAUGUUUAAUUUAAAAGCAAACAUCGCAGCUACCUCGGUAGCAAGGUCCAUGAGGUUGUGGCUAGAUCAGCUGGAAUCUCACAUCAGAGAUAAUACUCCCAGGGAAGAGAUCCUAAGGUCCCUCCCCCUAUUGAAGUCCGCCACAGCAUUUAUGGCAGAUGCCUCGGCUGAAUCUGUCAGAUUUGCUGCGAAGGACGCCGGGCUCUCCAAUGCGGCCCGCCGGGCUGUGUGGAUGAAGAGCUGGUCAGGUGACAACACAUCAAAGAUGAAACUAUGCUCCAUCCCGUUCUCAGGGUAAUACGUCUUUGGCCCUGUCCUAGAUCGUAUCCUGGAAAAAGCUGCGGACAAGAAAAAGGGUUUCCCAGAGGAGAGACCCUAUAAAAGGAAAUAUCCCUUUCGGGCCCCCACUAGCCAGAAUAGAUCCUUUAGGGAUAAAGGAAAGUCAGGACGCUGGAGCUAUCCGAAAGGGGGCAGAGGUAGAAAUAACCCCUCCUCCUCCCAAAAUAAGUCCUCGGAUAAACAAUGACGCCAGAGUCGGGGGGAGAUUGAAGAAUUUUCUGACUCCUUGGGAGUCCAUUACCCCGAACCCUUGGGUCCGGGACAUCAUAAAAUUUGGAUACCGAAUCGAACUUUCUUCAUCUCCCCCAAACCGCUUCGUUGUUACCAACCCAAACUCCUCCAAUGUACGCAAAAAGAUUCUGCAA